AUGGACAUCGACAGCUCCUCCGCCCCCCGUCCCGAACGCGCCGACUCGCCCCCUCGUGCCCGCCGCCCCGAAUACGAAGCCAGCUACACCCUAACCGGCCACACGCUCGGCGUCUCCGCCAUCAAGUUCUCCCCCGACGGCAAAUGGCUUGCCAGUAGCUCCGCCGACAAGACGCUCAAGAUCUGGCACGCCAAAACCGGCAAAUACGAACAAACCUUCCACGGGCACCUCGCGGGGAUCUCCGACCUCGACUGGUCCCCCGACUCCCUAACCCUCGUCUCCGGCAGCGACGACAAGACCAUCCGCCUCUGGGACGUGCAAGCCUGCAAAUCCAUCAAGCUUCUGCGGGGCCACCACAACGCCAUCUACUCCGUCUCGUUCUCGCCGCGCGGCAACAUCGUCGCCAGCGGGUCCUACGACGAGGCCGUGCGCCUGUGGGACAUCCGCUCCGGGCGCUGCAUGAAGACGCUCCCCGCGCACAGCGAUCCGGUGAGCGGCGUGCACUUUAAUAGGGAUGGCACGCUGAUUGUGAGCUGCUCGCAUGAUGGGCUGAUCCGCGUGUGGGAUGUGAGUACGGGGCAGUGUCUGAGGACCAUUGUGGAGGAGGAUAAUGCCCCGGUGAUGGGGGUGCGGUUUAGCCCCAAUGGGAAGUAUUUGGUGGCGGGCACGCUGGAUAGCUGUGUGAGGCUGUGGGAUUAUCAUAGGGGCAAGUGUCUGAAGACGUAUAUGGGGCACCGGAAUGAGAAGUAUAGUAUUACGCCGGCGUUUGUGGUGGGCGGUGGGGGCAGCUUUGUGGUUGCGGGCUCGGAGGACUCGGACGUGUAUCUGUGGGAUGUGCAGAGCAAGGACGUGGUGCAGAUCCUGAUUGGCCAUGACGAUGUCGUGCUUGGUGUUGCGGCGCAUCCCACGGAGAAUAUUGUGGCCAGCUGCGGCCUGGAUCGGACUAUCAGGAUAUGGAUUGACGAGAGCUGCCUGACUGACUGA